AUGAUCGCGCCAAGAUUGAAGAGAUUGAAAAGCGACAUGUUUUCGUUGGCCGGUAGCGUGAUUACAGCGGCGGUGCUCUCCGGAACAGAAGUUGUGCCGGAAGUUACCUGCAUCGCCUACGGACCAGGCCUAGACAGCGCCACACUGUCUCUGCCGGUGCACUAUUUUUUCGUGCGGAUGAUCGGACCUGACGGUCUAAAUCUAACGAAGUCUCUAGGCCAGUUCGGGCUGUUCGUUCAGUUGAAAGGAGUGCCGAAGGCCUGUCUCGUUCGCCCAGAAGUGAUAGACCGUUACGAUGGCACAUACAUCGUUCGCUAUAAGAAAUUUUGCUUAUCUCUAAACGAACAUGCGACUCAUUUUUUCACACUCAACUCUGAUACGCAUUUUGAAGGCCCAAUUGUACCCAGCGAAUGCGCGUGUCCCAUGAAGAUGGAUCAGUGGCUGCUAAAGGCCCAGUGUCCCAGUGAAUUCUCCAAUCAGAUAUUGAAGCAUACGGCGAUCUGGCCUGUGGGUAGCGUUGAUCUGCUGUCGGUCUUGGAGCAGGCGCAACGGAAGUGGGGUCUGCAUGAAGAAUCGUUCAGUUUCUGCCAUUAUAAAAUCCGCUCGCCGAAAGUAGUAUUCAGUUGUUGGGUAUAUCUUUAUAGGCGAUGCUAUGGGAAGCACGUAGGUUUCAAAAUGUUUGCAGAUGAAAUUUUUUCAUUCCUGGUAAAAAAGAUACAGUUGCCUGAUAUCGAUCUCUUUAUUAACCUUGGUGACUGGCCGUUGGAGAAACUUGUUAGAGGCGCCGAUAGUAGCAGAUACGUUCCGAUGCUCAGUUGGUGCAGGUCAAACGAUACAGUCGACAUUGUACUGCCUACAUACGAAUUGGUCGAAGCUGUCAUAGAAAUGAUGGGCAGGCUCGUGUUAUUCAUAAAUAAUUUAUGUACUGUACGCAGGCAUUCGCUCGAACUUUUAUCCGUACAAGGGAUGCGAAAUGUAUCUUGGUCGAACAAGUUUACUAAAGCUUUCUGGCGUGGUCGUGAUUCUACGUCUGCACGUUUGCUGUUGGUGAAUAUUUCUCGCUUAAACCCAGAUAUACUCGAUGCCAGAAUCACUAAGUUUUUCUUUUUCCGUGAGCAGAUGGAUUAUUAUGGCCCGGAAGCGCCGAUAGUAACAUUUCAAAAGUUUUUUGAUUCCCGACUCUCAUUUCAUUAAAA